CCAAAUUCCGAUUGGCCUGCUAAGAUGAAUUGAAAUUGGAAUGUCGAUUUCUUCGGCCAUUACCAUUGAAUGACCACCACUCUUCCUCGCCUACGAACUUCCUCAUCCCCAUUCUCCUCCUCCUUCCGAUCUCUUUCUCCGGCCAAAUUCAUCUCCAUAAAGGAGAACAUUAUAUGACAGUAUAGCAUAGAGAAAGAUCAUGGCUGUAGAGGCUUUUGCCAAAACAAAUUUGAUGGAAGAUAUGGAUGAUGACGAUGACAUGCCUUUAGUUUUCAAACGAAGUAGUACCACAUCAAAGCAAAAUCAGUCCAAUUCAUCAUCUCAGAAGCAGGAUGGAAGAUCGGGGCGGCAAGUUCCUGAUAUACGUUCACCUAAUGGCCAGAGCUCUAGUACUCAUAAAGUUAAGACAGUCACCUCUUCUAAGGCAUCUCCAGCAGUUUCACCUUUAACUAGUCCAAAAGCGUCGCCUCUGUCAAGCAGGACAUCUCCUGCACCAAACUCAAGGCCGUCAUCUUCUGCAGGUAAUCAGGCAAAAAAUGUUAAUCAACAAUCCAAUGUUACUCCUAAGGAGUCGAAACAAGCUGUUGAACCAAAAUCUGAACCUAAUGAUGAAGCUGAGGAUUCUGAUGAUGAUAAACUAUUGAGUUCUAGGGUCCCUUCUGGGUUAUCUAAGAGCACUUCUGUUCAUGCCAAGAAAGUGCUUUGUACUUCAACAUCAGUUCAGAAGUCUAGACCUCCCAAAAAAGAGGAUUCAGAUGAUGAAACUCCCUUAGCAUCAAGGUUUCCAAUGAAAUCCAAUGCAGGGGCUUCCACUAGCAAGUUUUCUAGUUCUGAAGAAGUUAAGCCUAAGAUUCGUCAGAAUGGUUUGCCAUCUGCGACAGUUUUAAGUAAGAGACCCCCUGGUGAGGUCAAGUCUGCUGCUCAGGCUUCAGUUAAAAAGCCUAGACUUUCUGAUGCGUCCACACCUGUUUCUAGUAAGCAACCGCCUUUCAAAACUGAAAAGAAGACAGAGGACGAUGACGACGAUGUUCCUAUAUCUCAGAGGAUAAAAAAGGCAGUAGAUUCAGCUUCAGCUUCAGCUAGUAAAGUGUCAUAUGUGAAGAAAGCAACUAAAGUUGUUUCGUCAUCGAUGAAGAAAACAAAGAAGAAGUUGAAAAAACCCAAGUACUCUAAGUCGUCAAAACUGCAGCCAAGCUCUGGUGAUGGGCAAAAAUGGACUACACUGGAACACAAUGGUGUGAUUUUUCCACCUCCAUACAAACCUCAUGGGGUUAAGAUGCUCUACAAGGGAAAGCCCGUGGAUCUUACUCCAGAGCAGGAAGAGGUCGCAACAAUGUAUGCCGUGAUGUUAGACACUGAAUACAUGACUAAAGAGCAGUUCAAAGAGAAUUUCAUGAAUGACUGGAGAAAAAUACUUGGAAAAAACCAUGUCAUUCAAAAGUUAGAAGAGUGUGAUUUUACCCCAAUAUAUGAGUGGCAUCAGAGUGAGAAGGAGAAGAAGAAGCAAAUGAGUUCAGAAGAGAAGAAGGCAUUGAGAGAAGAGAAACUUAAGCAAGAAGAGAAAUACAUGUGGGCUAUUGUGGAUGGUGUUAAAGAGAAGGGGAUGUUUCUUCUGUCUUUUUCAACAUCAUCUGCUGUUAUUGUGGUUGGGAACUUUCGGGUUGAACCACCUGGAUUGUUCCGAGGCCGUGGGGAACAUCCAAAGAUGGGAAAGCUAAAGAGACGGAUCCGGCCAAAUGAUAUCACAAUAAAUAUUGGAAAGGGUGUUCCAGUACCGGAGUGCCCCAUCCCUGGCCAAAGGUGGAAGGAAGUAAGGCAUGACAACACAGUAACAUGGUUAGCUUUCUGGAACGACCCUAUUAAUCCAAGAGAAUUCAAAUACGUUUUCCUAGCAGCCAGUAGUUCCUUGAAAGGGCAAAGUGAUAAGGAGAAGUAUGAGAAAGCUAGGCGUUUGAAGGAUUACAUAGAAGGCAUUAGAUCUGCAUAUACAAAAGAUUUUGCAAGUAAAGAUCCUGUGAAGCGUCAGAUUGCAGUUGCAACUUAUCUUAUCGAUAAAUUAGCUCUGAGGGCAGGGAAUGAGAAGGAUGAUGACGAAGCUGAUACAGUUGGUUGCUGUACUUUGAAAGUAGAGAAUGUAGAGCCAGUACCUCCAAAUAUUUUGAAGUUCGAUUUUCUUGGUAAAGAUUCUAUCAGGUACCAAAAUGAGGUGGCUGUGUAUGAGCCUGUUUUUAAAGCUAUUCAACAGUUCCGAAGUGGAAAAAAGGGCAGUGACGAUCUUUUUGACAAGCUUGAUACGAGUAAGCUUAAUGCCCAUCUAAAGGAACUCAUGCCAGGGCUCACAGCAAAAGUAUUUCGUACAUAUAAUGCAUCUUUUACAUUGGAGCAGCAAUUGACUAAGCUCACACAAGGGGGGGAGCUUGCUGAUAAAAUUGCGGUAUAUAAUGUGGCAAAUAAAGAGGUUGCAAUAAUUUGUAAUCACCAGCGUACUGUCUCGAAGUCCCAUAGCGUGCAAAUUUCAAGGUUGAAUAACAAGAUAGAUGAGUUAAAGGCUAUUUUGGAAGAAUUCAAAGUAGAUUUGGCUCGGGCCAAAAAAGGGAAGCCUCCGGUGAAAGGCGCCGAUGGCAAGGCGAAGAGGAACUUGACCCCUCAAGCAUUACAGAUAAAAAUAGACCAAACUAAUGUGAAGAUUGAUAACAUAGAGAGGCAAAUAGAUACUAAAGAAGAGUUGAAAACUGUGGCUUUGGGCACAUCAAAAAUCAACUAUUUGGAUCCUAGGAUUACUGUGGCAUGGUGUAAGCGCCAUGAGGUUCCCAUUGAAAAGAUGUUCAACAAGUCUCUUCUAGCAAAGUUUGCCUGGGCGAUGGAUGUUGAACCUUCCUUCACAUUCUAAAUUUUUGGUGGUUGUUAUAGUGUAGGACAUCUCUUCAAAGUCAAGUCUCCCUCCUAAUACCCAAUUGUUCACAUUUCCCCCUUCCUCCCUCCUGGAAAGAGAAUAGGAAAAAAGUUCUAUUAUUUUUGCACUUAAAAAAGAAGAAAAAAAAAGAGAUCUUUGAUCGUUGUCUGACAAUAUUUAAACUUGUUUACCCUGACAAAUUCCUGUUGUAAUUUGAGCUUCUGAAUUUAUGGGGUAAGUUUUCCUUAA